CAUGUAUUGUGCGCAUUUGAAUUAUUCCAGGUACAAGCUAUUGACAGCUACCGACUUUCAGUUUCGAUUUCACUUCACACACGUGUAGGUUGUAAACAUUGAUGUUUUGGGUGGUUUAGACAGUAGAUAACUACUUUGAUGAUUUAGACCAUUAUGAUUCAUCACUUUUUAUGCCAUUUAAAACCUUCGAAUGAUAGAUUUAACAAUUUAAUGAAAACGACUAUCGGGGGAUUCCACUCCUCUUUUAGCAAAAGUUGUGACGUAGUGCGCAAAUGGGAUAUCCUCCUCACAACGUAGCGAAGCAUUUCCGCUGAAUUUCCCUCCCGCUGUACAGGUGGGUGUCGGACCGUAUGUUUACUUUCCCACCGGCUAUGGAGAGGUGACAUGAAACGGUACCGCAUACACAGAAUGCGUGAGGGAAGAGAAACAUUAUUAUUAUUAUUACGGUAGUUAGUACGUUCUGUGAGAGGAGGAGAAGAAAGACUCAAACCAUGAGCAUGGAGAAGACGAUGCACUACACCUCCGUAAACCAUGCUCACCAGGCCAUCGAGCAGAUCAACCAGCUGCGGAACCGACGAGAACUCUGCGACAUCAUCCUGCGCUGCAAUGAGACCAGAAUCUUUGCCCACAAGUUGGUGCUGUCGGUCAAUUCUCCCUACUUCAAGGGUCUCAUGAACACCCGCUACUACAUGGAGCCUGGGUUGUACGAACAUCCGCUGAAAGGUGUGGAGGGGGAUGCAGUGCAGACCAUCGUGAAUUUCUUCUACACCGCCACCGUGUCUGUGAACGAGGAGACAGUGUGGGAUUUGUUGCCGGCGGCUGCUAAGUUGCAUGUUGCUGAGAUUCAAAGCUUGUGCAGCAACUUUCUGCUUUCGAUACUAGACAUUGAAAACUGCCUGAAGAUCCAUCAUAUAGCUACGGAAUGCUUAGCUUCCAAUCUCCUAAAAGAAAGCACCGACUUCAUUAAAGAAAAUUUUGACAAGCUAUUGGAUGAAGACUGCUUUUUGGACUUGGAGUUCGGAGAGGCCAUGCCACACCUGAAACGUCUAGGAGACACGGGACUUACCAACGACCAAGUUCUUCAUGCCAUCAAGUGUUGGAUGGUCGCUGCCAUCGAUGAAAGACAGGUGUUUGGACCAAAGAUCAUCAAGAAGUUUCCAAACCUUGCUGCCAAGCUUGAAGAGUUCAUUCCACUAGAGUUCCUUGAAAACGAAAGUGAAAUUCAGGGUACGCAAGUGAAAGCUUCAAAGAGAAAGGGACUUAAAUUACCCCUGCGUCAAGUUUAUACUAGUACCCACAAUGACCAAUCAGCUGAAAGAACCCCGCUUUUGCCCCACACUAGCACCCCCAAGACUCCUUAUGAAAAUGGUAUUGGCUCACACAAUGGCUCAGACAAGGGAGGGAGUGACAACAGCUGUUCCCCCCACAGCAACAAACCCCAGGGGCCAAGUCAGACCCCCACAGUCCCCAAUGGCAAGGCCGAGGAGAAUUUCAUGUGCUUUGAGUGUGCAGAGGAAUUUGAUACCAAGGCAGAGUUGGAGGAACAUGCCAAGGGCCACAAGGUGUACAUAAAGAAAGAGAACAUAUCGCCCAAUCAAAACCAUGCUUCAAAGCAGUCCAGCAAAAGUAACAGUCCUAAUUCUUUGUCCUAUAGCCCUACCCCCACCAAAUUCUCAACCCCACCCCCACGGUCAUUCAGCCCGUACGAGGACUACAUCAAGAUGAAUGCCAACAAGUCACUUGACUUUAGUAGCAGUCUUUCCAGUUACCUUAACAACACUGAUGACUCAGGCGGGUCAUAUUUUGACCAGUACAUGAGAGCUCGAGGACUGGACAGCCCCAGCUUUGGCCAGAGGUACUCCCGAUCUCCCACACCCAGUCGUGUUCAGUCCACCAACCCUCUGCUCAUUACAGUCACCAGUGGAACAGUGGACGGGAGCGACAUGAAGUUCAUUUGCCCUGUGUGCGGCAAGAGUUACCUGGACAAGGACUCCCUCAGCAGACAUUAUGAAACCCAUUCUCACUUCCCGUGCAAUGUGUGUGGAAAAACGUACAGCACGAAAUCAAACCUGCACACUCACAUGAAGAAACACUCGGACGACAAAACCUACUCCUGUAACACGUGUGAUAAAACUUUCACCAGUCCAUCUGUUCUCAAAACUCACUUGCGCACACACACUGGAGAGAAGCCCUUUAUCUGUCCAACAUGCGGAGUAGCUUUUGCAAAAAACAUCCACCUGAAGCGACACUUGUCCAUCCACACUGGAAUUAAACCCCACGAGUGUAAAGUUUGCAACAAGAGGUUCAGCCGCUCCGACCAUCUGAAGCGCCACGUCCAGAGCAUCCACACACAGGACAGACCCCACAUCUGCUCACUGUGUGGCAAGGACUUCGUUCGCAAGUACGAACUCAACAAACACAUGAAGCAGUCACAUUGGGGCUUCACAGUGGGAGAGGAGGACCAGGAGAUGGAUUCCUCCGUUAAUGAACCCAUGGACACAAGUUCCAUGGCCAGCAUGCAUGCAGCCAUGGCGAAAGGGUUCGUUCCGUUCAGUGAAUCAAAAGGAGAUACUUCUUUAGAGGACGAGGAGAAUUCGCCGGGUAAGAAAGGCUUGGUGUCUCCCACCGAUAGAAUUCCAGUGACCGUCAAGGAGGAGCCUAUAUCUCCUUCCAAGUAGGGAAAGACAUGUAACCUAAGCUACACGAACGACUGGAAAUAGAGUCUAUCUUUAAAAAAAAACGUAUGUUAUUUGCACUUGACUUAUUCAGAAAUGUUAUUCAUGUUUGUUUGUUUUUUUUGAUAUUGCAUAUUUUUUGUAUGACAGAAAUUAUUAUUAUUAUAUGAGACAUUCCUGUUUUGCUCUGCAAGCCUUAUUAAUACUACAUUGCCUAGUCUGCAUAAAGGGAAGUAACUCAAUAUUUUUUACUGGAGCCUUGUGGCUGUUGUGUUUUGUUUGCCUUUUAAUAAUUGGAAAUAGAGAUGUUACCCAUGUAUGCAUAGUUUUCUUGCAUGUUACAGAUUAUGUUGACAGAAUCUCAGAGAUAUAAUUUAUUUUUCCUUGUUAUUUUUCAAAUGCAUAGUUCUAUUUACAUGAAGUAGCUUGCCUAGAUUUUUUGAAUAAAGAUUUAACAUUUUAUUAUUAUUUGAUCUUAGCAUAAUGAAUCUAUAUUUGAAAAGAUGUUUAAAAAGAACUAUAAAAGUUUUGCCAUUCUUUCUGAUUUUAUAUCAUCUUUUUCCUUCUUUCUUUAAAAAUAACUUCCAUGACAACUAUCUCAUACAAGUAUACAUUCCAAGAUGUUUUUACCUUUUACUAAAUCAAAGAAGCAACAUUUAUUUAUGUAAAAUAAAUGCUCUGCAACAUAAAUUUCUUCUAAUUUUCAAAUAUAUGUCGAUCCAUAAAUUUUAAGAUAGAUGAUUUCUUAUCAAUAAGAAAAAUAUAUUUGUGUCAGACAUAUAUGUAAUAUAAAAUUAGAGUUAAAUGAUACUAUUUUCAUUAGGUAUAUAUAUAUCAGUGUAUUGCCUAUCCAAUAUGUAGUCAUGUUGUUAUUUUUUGUGACGUUUGAACCACUUGGGCUUUCAUUGAAGAGAUGGGGAUGUCCAUGACAUGUUAUGUGUGUGCAAGUUCACUCUUGUUUUGGCUGUAGAGAAAUGCUCAAUUUUAUCAGAGAGUUCUAUAUGAUUUUUUUUUGUUAAGUGCUUCAUAUGUUUAUUUUUCAUAGUUUUUGUGACAUAGUUAUUCUUAUUUAAUCUGGUCUUGUUUUCAAGUGUAAUUUCUCUGUGCACAUGUUUAUUUUUUUUUCUUGUGUGUGUAAUUUAUUAAUAUUGUGGAUGACAACAGAAAAGAACAUAUAUACCUAUAUAUAUAUACAAUGCAUUUAUUUCUUGUUUCAUGUCUUUCAUCUUGCAUUCAGCUCUUAGCUGGCUGUAGAUAAGUGGAUUUAUUAUUAUGGUUUAGUUUUUUUUUUGUCGAGAUUAUAAAAGUUAUAUUAGCUAUACAUUCCAGAACUUAAAUAUUGUCAUUGAUAAAGAGAAAUGUGUUUAACUUAUUGGACUCAAUAUUUGUAUUGGUUAUCCAGAUUUAAUAUAAGGUGUACAAUAAAAUUGAAAUAUUUUGAUAAUAGCCUACAUGUUGAUUUCUACUUAUCAGCUGUUAAUUCUAAGCCAUAAGGAUAUAUCUCACAAAUGGAAGAACUUUUAAACAGUUAUGGCUUUUAUUUUAUUUUUAAAAAAUUCAUAAAUACUUAUUGAAAAAUUCUUCAUUUUAAAUGUAACAAAUUAUGGCUUGAAAUUAAAAUUGUAUUUAGAAAUAUAAAAAAAAUUGCAAAAGAUGCUGCUAAAGUGCUAAACUUCAGACUAGACAUGACUAUGUUUUGAACUGUAACCUCUCCCCUUUUCUGUUCAACAUUUGUGGCAUAUGAAUUGGUGAAAAUUACUGAACAGUAGCAGUGCUUUGUGAAUAGUCAAGGACAUGUAUUUACAGAGUUUUAAGGUACCGGUAAUGCAACAUCUGUGCAACGUAAGAUUUAACUUUUUAGAUGAUUUUUUAAAAACAUUUAUUUGAAUCUGUGAAAAAUAUGUGAAGUGCUCAUUGAACCAAUUAUGUGUGCAAAUCAGGUAUACAUUCCACCGUACAACCAAGAGAAAGAAAAGAAAUAUUUUGCUCUCAAUUGUAUAUUUUUCUUGCAUAUUUUGAUAAAUCUGUGUGUCAAGGUGGACUCCAUUGUUAUACUGAAUUUGACUGCUCCCUGAGAUUAUGUCGUUACACUGUGUUUUAUAAUGUUUUGUUUUUCUCUGUGAGAACGUUUUCUUUGUGACCGUGAAGAUUUGUUCAUAAUUCUGGUCAAGUAUUAAAAUUUCUUUAAAUGGAACAUUC